UCCACAAAAAUGCUAAUGGUGACUUUUAAGGACUCUCUUCAGCAAAGAAUGCUGGGACAUUACUGGGCUAUAAGAAUGGAAGUAACAGCUGAAGCCAAGUCACCUAAGAUUUAGGAGACAAGUGAAGACCGUCAGGAGGAGUGACACCAAACCUGACUUGGAGAUGUCAGAGGAAGAAGAUUCCUUUCUAAACGUUAAAAGAUCUCUGAAGAAGCGAAUGGUGAAACAUAGCACUCCAGUGGACUCAAUACUCUCAAGAACUAUGCUAUCUCUUACAGACCUGACAAAUCAGUCAAUCAGGGACCAAGAUGCCACUAAGAGAUGUUACGGAUCCCCAAUGCCAAAAAUGUCUCUAAGCAAAUCAUUAGCUCAGGUAUCAUCAGUACGUGUUGAAGCGUACUUCCCUCAAGUAAUAUCCCCAAAAGGACUUUCAGUAGUCUUUGACUCGGAAGAAUCAAGUGAAGAGAUAAGCCAAAGUUCUCGGGCUUUAUUUUCUAGAAGGAGACUUUCAACAGUGUUGGCCUCAGAUGAAUCUGCUGAAGAUCCAAGCAAUAAGACUGUCUUAAAUGUGGAAGCAGAAGUUCCAGCCGAGGAGGUCACAGCAGCUCCCAAGAGUGCUCUUUCAUGGUUGGUUACUGGGAUACCAGGCAUAAAAGAUCCUCCAAUAGCAAAAACAAAAAAGAAGAGAAUAGAUAAAGCUCUUGUGAAAAAGAAGCAAAGAGAAUGGGAGCUCCGCCAAUUUAAAAAUAUUGAGGAAGCAAUUGAACAUGAACUUACAAUUGAAGAAGCUUGA